AUGUUACCAGCAGCUGGAGCCAACCUUUAUCUCUGUCGCGCUCUUUUGGCGGGAGCUUCCUCGGACGAAGAAAUUACACGCGUCAAAGGAGUUUUUACUGCAGCAUAUCGAAUUGAAUGCUCGGCGCGCUCACCUUUUGUCGAGUUUGUGUUCAUGUAUCCGGAAGCUCAUGUGGAAUGGUCCAACGCAGCCUUUGGUAUCAAAAAAGGGAACUUCCAGCUCCAGGCAACCAAAGCAAUUGAUACGGGCUGCAAACCUACUGGUUACGACAGGCAUUCCCAUGCACUCUUCUAUAGUUUCCACGUGCUCAGCAUGAGCUCCGCAGAUCCCGCGAUGAUUCGGACUGCGAUGACGGCUACUAUUCCGGCACCAAUAGUAUCGAUCGAGUCCGUUGAACCCGAGAGUGCAUCCGAGUUCGGCAUUAACAAGUGGGCGGUCACCUUUGCGAAUACUAUAUGUCCUGAAGGGCUCAAGCGGAAACGCACGCUAGAAGUGACCACCAAUGAUUCUGUUCUUGAGAUGGGCGUUCAUCACCCGCGGACCGGCUAUCGCAUCCCGUGCAGGGCUUGUCUGAGUACCAGACAUAACUUUAACGACUGCAAGUCCUCCAACCCAGCCCCAUCCGCAGCGUCCUUCACCGAAAAUGUGACAGUCGCUCCAACAUUCCCUCCAGAGUUGCUCGUCGCCCCAAACGUAGAUGACCAAAGGUUGAUCCUUUUCAUGUACAACUCGCACCAGAGGUGCAUCACCGCCAACAGACCCAAAAGGCGGCUACUGUUCGUGCUGAGACUCGAAGACCAGCCAAGGCAGUCGCCAAAGCAGCUGUUCAAGCUGCUCGCCUCCGCAACACCGAAGUUCAACGAACACGCGCAGCUGCUGGAAAACAACGGAAAAUAG